CCUUGGGGGAGGCCUUUGUCCAGCAGUGGACGUCUUUUGGCUGAAACGAACGAACGAACGAAUCUAUUUAUCUCUCUUCUAAUGCAUAGUAGCACUUUUACUAAAACGUUGUUGACGUAUAGUUUUGCAGUAAUACUGCUGUCUCAGUAAAAUAAAAUAAUAUUAUAGUCAUACGCAAAAUGGCACAACUAUCAUCAUUGCCGCACAAUUUGAGAAAAUUAAGUUUACACUGUUUUGUAUGUUUGUGCACUUUGGGAUUACGAUAUUUCCUAAAAGCCGGAAAAACGAUACAAAAUACGCAAUAGACAAGGCUUUUAUGAUGUGCACUUCUUGAUUAGUUGUGCCUUUUGUGGCUAAUCGAGAAAAUAAGUGUCUGUGUUUGUGUUGUUUGUAUUAGUGUAACAAAAUAAAUUAUAAAUUAUAGGUAAGUGUCAGUAUGUAUUCGUUUUUAGUGAGUAGUCUUCGUGACAUUAAAGCACUUGGUCUAUUGAAUUUAUUGAAGUCUCGUUUACCUUUAUAGAUUAUUAUAAUUUAAUAUUAGUAGGAUUAUGUAUGACCUGUUUAUACCUGAUGUUUCUUUCACAGCAACUUGACGCAUUAUUUACUAUUAAUACUGAUAAAUGAUAAUUCUAUUCGAGCACAGCUAUUCUAUAUAUAUCACUUGUGUAUUGUAAAGGUAACAAGGUAAAGGUAAUGGUUUUUCUUACAGAGACGCAAUGGAUCGCCCUGAAGUGCGCUACAGAUACGUGUUAGGAUGAAAAGCAUAAAGGUGAGACUGCCGGGAGAGGAGCGGUGGACCCGCGUCGUGACGAUGUUCAACGAGGCAUAUCUCGUCGAUCCCGUCGAGUUCGACGAGCCCGUCGAGCCCGUUGAGCCCGUCAAGCCCCUCCAGCCAGUCAAGCCCGUCGAGCCCGUCAAGCCCGUCGAGCCCGUCAAGCCCGCCGAGCCCGUCAAGCCCGUCAAGAUCGUCGAGCCGCCAUACCGUAUUCGCCUGGUCAGCCAGCCGGGCGAGCGGACAUGGCGGCGAUAUAAGAUUUAUUAUUAAAAAGGACCAUACAUCUGAAGAGUACCGGAAUGGUCCCCUUUCCAUUGCAGCAGCUUCAACCGAGUUUUAUUUGGAUUUCAUGAUUAUCUUAUAGUUGUGUUCUUUGUGUUGACGAGUAGGUCAAGUUUUUGUAAACUUCGGCCCUGGCAUACGUAGUAGUCAUGUAUUGUUCACGUUAGUAAGCCAAAAGCAAUUAAUGUCAAAGUUUAGUUGCAAAUUAAAGCAGUGAUAAUUAAAGCGUUUUACUGUCCCAGUGGUUCUCUAGAUUACUUUAAAAUUUGGCAGGAAAUAUUCGUUCAUGUUCUUACAUUGUGUCCAUGUUCCAGAAUGUCUCGACGCAUUUAUGAAAGAUCGAUAUGGUCUUAAUCAAUAUACGAAAGGGUGUAAACGUUGAAUUUUCUCUGGUGUCGAGAUAGUCGCCCCACAAUCAGAUUAAAAUGGUACUGUCACUUACUACAACAACGGCGUUGCUGAUAGUAAAAUUAAACUAUCGAUUUAUUUGUUUCAAGUUGGUUUGUUUUGUUAUUUUAGUUAUAAGCAUAAGCGAAGGCAUUUAAAUAACAUAGAUUGUUAUAUUGUUUGUGGGUUUGUUAUUUUCGUACUUUAAUAUUAGUACCUACGAUGCUAGGUUCUAUAGUUAUAAGCAAAGCGAAUGUGUUUUUCUAUACAGUUAGUAUUAGUAGUUGAUUAGCUAUAGCUUUUAGUAUUUGAUUAAACUGCAUCGUAGCAAUCACUAUUUCAUUUCCUCAUUUGGCCAAGGGCGGAGUUCCUUUGGUUUGUCGUCAGGUCUGCCGCUGGUAAUAAGGUAAUAUGUUAUCAGCGAUUUUUUUAUGGGGAGAAUCACCCAUUCGGCCCGGUUUCCGCCAAAGCGGAGGCGAGCGGAGAGGAGAGGUGGUAACUGGUAUGGCAUCAAUUUGCAGAGGAGAUGUUCGGGGAACAGCGGUGUUACGGGUGGGGUGCCCAGCCAGGGCGGGGUGGGGUUGACAGGGUCCUGAGGGUCUUGUCGAGGGGUGGGCGCCGGGCAUACGCUUCGAAUGGUAAGACAUCGUCGAGCUCCGCUUGAGUGCUGGCCGCGGGAGCUCCGCACAGGGAGAUGUGGCAAUAACUGUUGGGCUAAAUCCUCUCCUCUCCGCUCUCCUCCGCACUGGCGGAGACCGGGCCUCGGUCGUUAUUGCCACAUGUCUGCGUAGCGUCGGCGGGCAGUAUUCGAGCGGAGAGGUGUCGCGGUGUUCCGAGCGUAUGUCUGGCGGAGCCUCCACGCCCUACCUGGCUCUCGGGGGCUUAUGGACCAGCUGUGUCCGCGCUGUGUCCGGGACUUGACCCCCGCCGCUCUGGCAGAGACAUCUCACCCGCUGCGUUGCUUUCCCCUUUAGUUUUAAGGUUGAUUAGAGAUUAGAUUUAGAAUCACCCACCGUAAGAAGAUAAGAUUGUAAGUUAGGACCAUGUAAUUAAAAUGUGUUCACACUAAACCGUUGUUGUCAUUUGAUCAUAAAAUGUAACAAUACAAUUACCUGUGGUUUAACAGCUGUGUACACCCACCGUCUACCUACGUAAUACAAUUACAUGUUCAUUUCAUACUGUACAUUUUCCAUUGUUUAUUGAUAGUGCAUAAGUUUGCAUUGAGGGUUAAAAGUUCGCAUUCCUCAAUGCAGUCCUGUGCACUAAUAUCAUAGUAUUGACAAACUUUAUUUUAAUAUUAACAUGGUAAAGUAGAUUGCUUUGCGUUGUCAGGUAAGGUAAAAUGGGUUUUAAGGUAAGGUUAU